AUGCAGAAUUCGACGGCAGGACUACGAAUUCCUGCAGCUCCGACUUUCCCUUUGUCGUCUCCUAUCACAGAGGAGAUUCCGAGCCCGGUGCCAUCAUCUCCAGAGGAUCAUGACAUGGAAAGAAAUCGACCUUUUGCUUUUCUGAAUAAAACAACACGCAGGAAUAACCCUUUUAUACGCGAGGGAAGUUAUGACAAGCACACACAGUCACAGGAAGCAGUGGAUGGGACCGGGGUCUUUUAUCAGACUAGUCCGAACCAAGAGGACCUAAGCAAGCUUGGACUCUACACAGGAAAGAGCUCAGAACGGCCUGUCGGGUUGAGUUUGGUUACUGACUUCUCUCAUUCUACGUCAAAGCCGCCUGAAGAUGGAUCAGUGCCAACUUUGAUGGAUUUGAAUGACCUAAAAGCCCUCUCUGAGGUACGAGAACAGGAAAGGAAUGCACACACUUUGAAAGGGAUAUUGAAGAAAGUUCCUGGUCAGGACUAUGACCAAUCGUCCGAGAAACCGUCCGUAUUCGACAACAAACGACUGUCUUACUUCAACAUCCGGCGUAAAAAGAAGGGAAAUGAUGAUCUGUCGCCAUCCGAUCGGCCGAUUAUGAUUGGACUAAGCAUGCCAUCUGAUGAAUCGCUGAGCACUCAAGGAAGAGGGCUAACAGUAAACACUGGACAUGCCCAACGAGCGGCACUGACUCCCUCUAUAAUUGUGACUCCGGCCAAGGAAGACACAUUCUGGACCGGCCUUGACACGACUCAUCCUCGUCCUAGGAUAGCGUCUAGCAUUUACUCCCAACCAACGCCGUACCCCGAUGACAAUGACAGUGACAUUAACAUACCGCCUGUCCCGGCUAUCCCGCAUUUUGCCUUCUUGGGGCAGAAUGAGAACCCGAGCACGAACAUGAGUACUGAGUCUACACAAAGGCAGUCUGUACCCGCAGCAGGGAGACAGCGCUCACUCUCAACUGGCACUCUGUUUGAAGAAGAUGAUGCGCGACGGGAGAGCCGGUCUCGGUCAUAUUCUAGCGGGAAUACCAAAAAGAUUCCAGAUAGACUAAGCAUCAACACUGAAACAAACAGGCAUCAGUCCCAGGGUUGGUGGACCUACUUGCUCUCACCUUUGUUGAGUCGCUACAGCACAGCCAUAGGUCCCACCACCCCAACUGAGACUGCUAGACCACCAGUCCCCAGUAUCGCAACGGAGUCAAGGGCAUCGAGUGAUGAGUGGUGGGAAAAAGAAGUAUCCAGCUUUUCGCCCGACACUCCAGAAGCCAUAAUACCUCACCAUAAGGAAUUGACGCCUGAUUGGCCAGACGCUGAUCUGAAUCCCUUUGAUGAGAAGAGACUGAGUGAACAAGACCAACCUGUCGAACGAGAGAGAGAUGCCACAUCAUUUAUGUUCCCGGGAAGGCCAAUCCAGGGCUCUGCAGCUGAAUACUACCAAGCUUGUGCCCACGAAUUGUUCAGUGGACGGCCGUACUUCGAAUGCGUCAACCAUGUCUGCUCUAUAACACCCAAAGACAAGAUCCCCGGCUAUACUGAGGGUACAGCUGUAAGCUCCACAGACAGUAGGGAUCUCCUGAUCGACGUGGGAGACAUGCCACAAGAUAAAGGCACUGGCUCGACAGCUAUGCCAACUACCUCAGAGGCCCGCACUGUGUAUGAACCGAGUGUUAUGGAUAAGGGAGUAGAGGCCGCCCUUGACAAUCUUCAGGACGAUGAUCCAGUUGGGAAAGCUAGCUCAAGGGGGAUACCUCUUUCUGAGCAUCCUCCAAUCCAAUAUCCUCCAACCCUGCGUCCUCUGAGCGAGUAUCCUCCGAGCGAGCAUCCCCCAAUUGAGCAUCCUCCUAGUCAGCACCCUCCCAGUGAGCAUCCUCCCAGCGAACAUCCCCCGAGUGAGCACCCUUCGGCUGGUGAACCUCCCGGCAACACUUCAAACCAGCCCAUUUCUGAUGAAGUGUCGCGGGGGUUGCCUCAAGAAACAAUUCCAACGCCGCAUGCCGGAGGAGAAACAGGAGAAUUAGCACCGCCUCCAGACAGUCAAUAUGAAAGGAAAACAUCUUGGCCGAUCUUUCAGCCAAUCAUUCAACCAGUGGUCCAACCAGCUCCUCAGCCAGCACCCCAGCCAGCCAUUCAACCCAUAAUAGUGCAAGCUCCACAGCCGGUUGCACAACCAGCGCCUCCAGCUCAGACUAUCCAUGUCCAUCCCGCUACUGUCCCAUCGCCAAUUCUCAUAGCACCCAAUGGACACCAGCAUCCAGCAUUCCCUCAGGAACAGCAGGCUGAACCGCAGCCUCCUAACCCUACGUCUCCUGGCCUUCAGCAAGCCACCGAGAGGGCUGGGUCAAUCCCGCUAUCCGACAUGCAUACUACUCCAGCGCCUGCAUACACAUCCAAUCACAACAGCUCAUCUACCCCAGUGCCUACAUAUACUUCUCACUACACUAGCUCCUCUAUACAUCGCAUGGAGCCUCAUCCACUCUCACGAGAGGAAGUGUCACAUACCACCACAGAGAGAGAAAUCAUCGAGAUACGGCGGAAAACAUUAGAGACAGAAGAUAAGAAGAAAAAGAAAAAGAAGUUUGGCCUGUUGUUCUGCUGUUGCUGUUGCGGUGGUGACCGGUCUCACAAGAAAGGCUGUUUCGGUAGGAAAGACAAGAAGGAGAAGAAGGUCAAACGUCGGUGGUACCUGGCUAUCCUCACAUCCUUCCUCAUCAUCAUAGCGAUCAUCCUCCUCCUAGUCAUGACCUUGACAGGAAAAGGCGACUCAACUCCUGUGGAAUCACAGUGGCUCAAUCUCACCGGCUAUCCACCGAUGCCCACCGGUAUCGCAACGAUUGCCGGACCAAAGCCUCAGGUCCAGCAAUCAGGAUGCAUAACCCCAUCCACGCUCUGGAGCUGUGCUCUACCACCAGAGGAACAAUCCGCCAACGAGCCCUACGCCGCCGACGAGCCGAACUUCCGUGUGGAAAUCCGAUUCCGCAACGGUACCUACCCUAACAGCACCACGAUUGCCACAAGAUCCAGCAAGACCCUCUCCUCACGGAGCUCCGACAACCCCUACAGCCCAUCCCCAUCCCCACCAAGCAUGAAAGACCAGACCUUCCUCGGCAACACAACAGACAACAACACCGUCCCCUACGCCGGCGAAGAAACCCCCUUCUACAUGACCUUCCUCUCAGCCAGCACCCUAACAUCAACAUCCACCCUUCGCCUGGCGCGAAGAUCCUCCGACAGCUCCUUCCCCAACCUCGCAACAAUAAUCCCAUCCCCAGACGAAGACUCCGACGGAACCGCCGCCGCCGCAGACCUAUACCCAUUACCCUCUUCCCAACCAGUCCGCCUCUACAACCGCGGCCUCGACACAGAACACUACGGCUUCUACACCUACUUCGACCGCUCCAUCUUCCUCUCCUCCCUCGCCCCCCUCGACGGCAAUACAACCGACACAAACCCCAAUGACCAAAACGGCGGAUCCAACGAAUCCGACGCCCGCACCCGCUUCCUCGUCCAAAUCUGGACGCGCUCCAACGAUACCCUCCUGCAGAACACAACCUCCACAUCCACAGCAACAGCAACCGCAUCCACAUCAACAGCAACAGCCACAACAACGCCUUCCUCCGCAAAUGACUGGACCCGUCCCGGAUCCUUCCCUUACCCCGUCACCAUAACUCUAGACCGCCAUGGCGGGAACGCGAAGAAGAAAAUGAGCGGCGAACAGAUCAACUCGACGGAAGUCAAGUUGCAGCUCGAGGAUCGAUCGUACGGUGGCACGCUAGUUAAUCCGGCCCCGGGGAUUUUCGAUCUAUAUGGGAAUUCGUCGACGGAUGCGACGGGGGAUUAUGGGGGUGUUGAUGGUGGGAGUGGGGGAUGUUCUUGUAAUUCGUAG